CAGAGCUAGCCAGCUAUUGAUUUUUAACCAAAGCACACAGAGAACAAAGCCAAACUCCUUGUACAUACCAAUUCAGUUCGCGUGUGUGUUAGACAAAGGCGAAAGCUCGACCCAGGCAGUUUGUGAAUUUUUUCACAAAGAUUCUUUCGAAACAGUAAAUUGUGAGCAAAAAAAAAAAAAGAGUGUUAAAAAAUGCAUGCAAGAUUCGCGGAUCCAGAGCCCGCCUCGCCGGACAGCGUGGACAACAUUGAAGAGCAAUCUCUGGAGGCGCGCAUCGAGCACUUCAAACAGAAUCCCAAUAAUAUGGCAAUGCUGCACGAGUUCAUCGAUGAGGUGGCCCAGCGUGCCGAAGCGGAGGCCAAUAGACGUGCGCUCGAAUCACAGAAAUUGCAACAGGGCAAGGAGAAGCGACCGAGUUUCGCCAUACCAGAUUUUAAGAACGGCAAAGUGGUGAAUCGGGCUCGCGGCUUUGUGGUGCGCAUCUUUGAUGCCAUCUGCAAUUGCGCCAACAACAAUGCCGCCGCGGCCACAACGCGCUUCAAGCUGCGCAGCAGCAGUGGAGGAGGCGGAGCAGCCAGUGCCCCAACUGGUGGCAAGCGGCAGCAGUCCGCAGACGAGCCGGAGACCCUGAUGCUCAGCAAGAAGAAGCCCGCGGCGGAGGGCAAGAAGAAAUCCAAGGGCGUCACCAUGGCCGAGGAUGUCGAGGCGGGCGCUCGACUAGUUGAGUAAGGCCCCAGUCUUACUAUAAUCAUGGCAAAUCAAAGGUCCCCACCCAAUGGAAUCCAAUCAAAACUAAAGACCAAAGAGGAAAACAACUUGACAAUGAUUGAAAAUUGUGCAAUUAUUAAUUAAAAGGAAUGAAAUACGGUCACACUUAUAAUAUUUCAGUGCUGCCAGCA